CUCGUUCUCUCCGCCGGCCCACCACUCACUCUCCUCGUCUCCUCCAUAGCAAGGGGGAAGGAAGGAAGGCGCCGGCGAACGGAAGCGCCUCGAAAGCGGGAGCUGCUCGGCGGCGGCGGCGGCACGAACCCCGGGAAUUGCGGACAGGUCACUCAGGUCCCGCACUCCGCCCGCGGUGGUGCAGAAGGGUGCUCGCCGGAGAUGCUGCCCUACGCGACUGCGGCGGAGGCGGAGGCGGCGCUGGGCCGGGCCAUGACGCCCGCCGAGGCGCUGUGGUUCCGGUACACCGCGGGGGUGUCGGACUACCACCUCUACUGCUGCAACAUCCUCUUCCUCUUCGUCGUCUUCACGCUGGCCCCGCUCCCCGUCGCGCUCCUCGAGCUCCGUGCCCCCGCCGCCGUCUCGCCGUACAAGCUGCAGCCCCGGGUGCGGCUCUCCAGGGCGGAGUUCGUCCGCUGCUACAAGGACGUCCUCCGCAUCUUCUUCCUCGUCAUCGGCCCGCUCCAGCUCGUCUCCUACCCGGCCGUCAAGAUGGUGGGAAUUCACACGCAGCUUCCAUUGCCGUCCCUUGGAGACAUGGCCGCUCAGCUGCUGGUAUACUUCCUUGUUGAGGACUACCUCAAUUACUGGAUCCACAGGCUCCUCCACGGGGAGUGGGGGUACCAGAAAAUCCACCACGUCCACCAUGAGUUCACGGCACCUAUCGGCUUCGCAGCUCCAUACGCACACUGGGCUGAGGUUCUGAUACUUGGCAUCCCCUCCUUUGUUGGGCCAGCCAUCGCUCCAGGCCACAUGAUCACGUUCUGGGUCUGGAUUGUACUCCGCCAGGUGGAGGCUAUCGAUACACACAGCGGCUUUGAUUUCCCAUUCACUCCGACGAAGUAUAUUCCAUUCUAUGGCGGAGCAGAAUACCAUGACUAUCAUCAUUAUGUAGGAGGCCAGAGCCAAAGCAAUUUUGCUUCUGUUUUCACAUACUGUGAUUAUCUGUAUGGGACUGAUAGAGGUUACAGAUUCCACAAGGCGUACCUAGCAAAGCUGAAGGAUCUUGGGCAAAAUGAUGGUGAGAAAGGAGAUGGCAAGGGACUCAGCUAUGCGAAAUUGGACUAGAUUGCUCGAUACAGUGCCUCCUGAGUGUCUCCAUGAUCGAUCGAGUUCACUGUGGCAUCACGAAAUGGGAGAUCUGCCUGAGUUGGGCUGGGCAUGCGUGGUGUUCUGAUUUCUGAAACAGGCAUUCAGCUUUCAGCUGCGUUGCCCUGUGUUUUCAAGUGUUUGUGAACUUCUAUGGAACUUGUACGCUGACCAAUAACAAUGCAACUCUCAGAUAGUCUUCUCAUGGACGCAUGCUUUGAUUAUUUUGAAUUAAUUGCUGUAUAGUUCUUGAGAAAC